UUAAAAAAAAAUCGAGAGAGAGAGAGAGAGAGAGAGAGGGGAAAAAAUACGGGCUCUGGAUCUAAUACCCUGCUCGAGUCCUCCGAUCUCCGUCGCUAUCUGCGAGCUCUGCUAUCUCCAUCUCUCUCUCUUUCCCUCCCCCUCCUCCGGCGGGUCCUCAGCCGUCAGCAGCCACUUUGAUCUGAUCUCCCCGACAGAUCCGUUUCGCGGUUCUCCUUCCGCGGAUUGAAGUCCCCGCGGGAUUUUUGGUGCGGCACAGCUACACAGCUGAUAUUUUCCCUCUUGGUCGAGUUUAGGCUGAUCCUGCCGGUGUAGCGCACUGGUCUGAUCGCUUUGUUCGGUAAUCCUCAGUCUCGAUCGUUCUGUUUCGGUAGGGCCGGCUUGAUUUGGGAAUCGAAUUUGGUGCGGAGCGGAGUGGAGCGAGUUGUUUAGCUCGGGGACUGCAUAAUUGAGCUCCCAGUAGCUCGGGUUUGUCGCGGGUAUAUUUAUGGGAGUGUAGUUCAAAUUCAGUUGGAUAAAGUAACUUUAUAUUAUUCAAUGGGGACUGAAAAUCCGGGUCGUCCGGCGUAUCCAGGAAGGCCUGCCACUACACCUUUUGGAGCUCCUCCUCCUCCGAACGUGAGACCCUUUUCAUCCACUCCGCCUAUACCUGGAUCAGGGCCAUCCACAUUUAGACCGACUACGGCACCUCCUUCUCAGGCUAAUACACCCUUUGCAUCCUCUGGUCCUAUGGCUGAAACAGAAGCUCCUGGAUUUCAGCCCCGGCCUCCAUCUACAUUCAGCAACCCAUCUGCAGCUCCUCCCCCAGCGCUGCCAUCAUAUGGGUCUCCUGCCCCAGGUGCUCGGAAUUUUCAGCGUUUCAGCACUCCACAGUUCACCCAAGCCCCACAAGGGCCACCUGCACGUCCCCCCACAAUGGGGCAGGCACCAUUCGGUACUCCGCCUGCAGCUCUAGUACCUGGUGCUCCGCCCGCGUUCCGUCCAACAGCGAAUGUACCUGCAGUGCCGAUGGGCUUGCCUCCUCAAAGAGCAACCUAUGCACCCCCGGGUGGGAGUGUUCCCCAGUUGCCAUCAGAAUCAGUGCCCUCUGUUCCCAGGCCAAAUUUUCAGCAAUCAUAUCCUGCAGCUGAUCCAUCAGUUCCUACUGGCCGCCCCACUGUUCCACCACUUUUUCCUGGGUACCCUAACCAGCGGCCCCACGCACCUCCACCAGCAACCCUGUCACAGUCUCCUUUUGCUGCUCGUCCGGCAGGUGAUGUGCCAGCACCUGUUGUAGCUUCACCAUUUCAAACACAUCAAGGAGGCUAUGUCCAACCACAUACAGUGCCAGCUCCAUUUGGCAUGCCUCCUAGGGAUCCGAUGCAGCAUUCUGCCUCUGGACCUCCUUCAAAUGCUAUGUAUGGCCUCAUGGAAGACUUCAAUUCUCUUUCCAUUGGGUCUGUUCCUGGAUCUUUGGACCCUGGAGUUGAUUCUAAAGCUUUGCCAAGGCCACUAGAUGGGGAUGUGGAGCCAACUUCAUUUAGAGAGAUGUUCCCCCUAAAUUGCCACUCUCGCUACCUGCGUCUUACAACUAGUGCUAUACCAAAUUCUCAAUCCCUGAUUUCGAGGUGGCAUUUGCCUCUUGGAGCGGUUGUUUGCCCACUUGCGGAAGUUCCUGAGGGGGAGGAAGUUUCCAUAGUCAAUUUCGCCUCAAGUGGUAUUAUUCGUUGCAGGAGAUGUCGGACCUACAUAAAUCCAUACGUGACGUUUACUGAUGCAGGAAGAAAGUGGCGUUGCAACAUUUGUUCUCUACUUAAUGAUGUACCCGGCGACUACUAUGCCCCUUUAGAUGCAAUGGGCAAAAGAGUUGAUUUUGAUCAGCGACCUGAGCUUGCAAAGGGUAGCGUUGAAUUUGUUGCUCCAACUGAGUAUAUGGUUCGACCUCCAAUGCCACCGCUAUACUUUUUCCUCAUCGAUGUGUCCGUAUCUGCAGUUAGAAGUGGUAUGAUUGAGGUCGUGGCACAAACUAUAAGGUCGUGCUUAGAUGAUCUUCCUGGCUUUCCAAGGACACAGAUUGGCUUCAUUACUUAUGACAGCACAAUACAUUUUUAUAACAUGAAGUCAUCCUUGACUCAACCCCAAAUGAUGGUUGUCUCGGAUCUGGAUGAUAUCUUUGUUCCACUGCCAGAUGAUCUCCUUGUCAACCUGUCAGAGUCUAAGACUGUCGUGGAAACGUUUUUGGAUAGCCUACCAUCAAUGUUUCAAGACAACGUGAAUGUAGAAUCUGCCUUUGGUCCUGCUCUUAAGGCUGCGCUCAUGGUUAUGAGUCAACUUGGAGGGAAAUUGCUUAUUUUUCAGAAUACACUUCCCUCUCUUGGUGUUGGCCGCUUGAAGUUGCGAGGGGAUGAUGUUCGUGUUUAUGGAACAGAUAAAGAGCCUGCUUUGAGAACACCAGAAGAUCCAUUUUAUAAGCAAAUGGCUGCUGAUCUCACCAAGUAUCAAAUAGGAGCUAAUGUAUAUGCAUUCAGCGACAGAUACACUGACAUAGCCUCAAUAGGGACCCUGGCAAAGUACACUGGUGGUCAAAUUUAUUACUACCCGGCUUUUCAAUCAGCUUCUCAUAAGGAGAAGCUUAGACAUGAGUUAGCCCGAGACCUUACAAGGGAAACUGCCUGGGAAGCAGUCAUGCGUAUAAGAUGUGGAAAAGGUAUUCGCUUCACAUCUUAUCAUGGGAACUUUAUGUUGAGAUCCACCGACUUGUUAGCGCUUCCUUCGGUGGAUUGUGACAAAGCAUAUGCUAUGCAAUUAUCCCUUGAAGAGACAUUGCUAACAACUCAGACAGUAUAUUUCCAAGUUGCUCUUUUGUAUACUGCUUCUUGUGGGGAGAGGCGUAUCAGAGUACACACUGCAGCAGCACCAGUGGUGACUGAUUUAGGAGAGAUGUACCGACAAGCAGACACAGGAGCUGUCAUAUCUUUGUUCACUAGACUAGCCAUUGAGAAGACCCUGUCACAUAAGUUGGAGGAUGCUCGGACGGCAGUGCAACAGAGGAUAGUCAAGGCCCUCCGGGAGUACAGGAAUCUACAUUCGGUGCAGCAUCGUUUAGGAGGGAGGAUGAUAUAUCCGGAGUCUUUGAAGUAUUUGCCUUUGUAUGGUUUGGCUCUCUGCAAAUCAACAGCCCUGCGAGGAUCAUAUGCUGAUGCUUCACUCGACGAACGCUCUGCUGCUGGCUUCACCAUGAUGGCAUUACCGGUGAAGAAGUUGUUGAAGCUACUAUACCCCAAUUUACUUCGUAUAGAUGAGUACCUUUUAAAGCCAUCAGCGUCUGCCCAGGAUGCGGAGAGCACUAUGAAAGCUAGGCUGCCAUUGACGAUGGACAGCUUAGAUUCCCGGGGUCUUUAUCUAUUUGAUGAUGGUUUUCGCUUUAUUUUGUGGUUUGGUAGAAUGUUGUCUCCUGAGAUAUCGCAAAAUUUACUGGGCCAUGACUUUGCGGCUGACUUAUCGAGGGUUGCCUUCAGCGAGCGUGACAGUGAAAUGUCCCGUAAAUUGUGUGCUCUGCUUCAGAAAAUUAGGGAGAGCGAUCCUUCUUAUUAUCACCUUUGUCAUCUCGUGAGACAAGGAGAGCAGCCAAGAGAAGCCAUUCUUAUCAUGAGCCUUGUUGAUGAUCAGAUCGGUGGGACAAGUGGCUACGUCGAUUGGAUAAUGCAAAUACAUCGGCAGGUCCAGCAAAAUGCAUGAAAAUCAGAGCUGCAAAAUCUGUUCAGGGCUCUUCAGUGUCCCCUCUCAGUAUUAUACUCUCAGUUGCCAGAGAACCAUUGCCCAGAUUAGCAGAACAUUGGUCUGUUUCACCAUGAGCUUGUAUUUGAUUCGAUUCGCUUCGGUUCGGUUCAAUAAUACUCCGGACUUCUUUCUGGUGCUAUUUGUGUUUCAAUAUUUAAGGACAGAUGAAAUUUUGUUUGCAAUUAGAUAUUCGUUAGUGAUUUUUCUUUUCUGAUUUCGCCCUCUGUACACUCGAUGUCACUUUGUUAUAUAGACGGCACGAUUGGUCUCGUUGUAGGGUCCUGUGGUUUUUCUCAAGUCA